AUGAUGGGGAUCUUUCUAGCUUAUGUUGGAUUCAUUUUCUUUUCAGUUAUGUAUAUUCAACAAGGACUUUCUACCCAAGCAAAAUUUACUGAGUUUCCUCGAAAUGUCACGGCCACUGAAGGGCAGAAUGUGGAGAUGUCUUGUGCUUUCCAAAGUGGCUCCACUUCGGUGUACCUUGAAAUCCAGUGGUGGUUUCUGCGGGCAGCUGAGGACCAAGAGGCUGGAGCUGAGGUUACAGGCACUCAGGUGGAACUGCUGCCCGAGCGGGACCUGGACAACGACGGGACCAAGAUCAGCACAGUGAAAGUCCAAGGGAAUGACAUCUCCCACAAGCUGCAGAUCUCAAAAGUGAGGAAAAAGGAUGAAGGCUUGUACGAGUGCAGGGUGACAGACGCCAACUAUGGAGACCUUCAGGAAUACAAGGCCCAGGCAUUUCUCAAAGUCAAUGCUAACAGCCACUCAAGGCGAAUGCAAGCCUUUGAGGCAUCUCCCAUGUGGCUGCAAGACAUGAAACCUCGCAAAAACAUCUCAGCAGCGGCUCCGAGUAGUAUCCACAGCUCUGCCAAUCAGCGUGUGCGUGCCACCUCAAGCCCUGAAGCAGCAGCCAAAAUCCCGAAACAAAGUCCACAAUCAGGUGCGAGGAUAGCUACAAGCCAUGGACUUUCUGUCCUGCUUCUUGUUUGUGGCUUUGUGAAGGGUGCUUUGCUUUAAUCUAAAAGUGCUGACUUUUUCCAAUAUCACUUUCUCUUCUUAAAGCAAAGAGCAAAUCGCCUGUAAAAUCCACGGAGCGGACAGCAAAGUUGACCCUAACCUCCAACCACCACUCUGCACCCAAUGUACUCUAAAUCUCUACACAAGGAGCACCUUCUUCAGGAAGUACAAACAAAAAUACUAAAUAAAAUAAAUAAGUAAAUAUUAUAAAAAGAAGAGGAUACCACAUGUUUUCUUGAUAAAGCUUUUUGUUGGCGUAUCACUGAUCUUUUAUUUGAAGAGAACUGGUGUGAUGUAACCAAACAUUUUGUAACAGCAAGACCUAGUUUCCUUUUCUUUCGGCAAGGAGAAGCCUCAUCCUUGACUUCUCAGGGGUUGGCCUGCAAGUCGUCAGUAUUACAGAAUAAAACAUGGAUGACAUUUGGUUUCCUUCACUGAAAGAACCAUUCCAGCCUGGAAGCAAACAGAGGCCAAACAGUGAAACAAAAAAUAGUGAUUUGACAC